AUGCCUUCCAAGAAGAGAAAAUACAAUGCAAGGUUUCCAGCUGGGCGAAUCAAGAAGAUUAUGCAGACUGAUGAGGAAGUGGGGAAAGUGGCCCAAGCUGUACCAAUCAUAAUCUCGCGAACAUUGGAGUUGUUUGUGGAAUCGUUGCUCAGCAAAGCGAUGCAGGUGACGAUGGCGAGGAAUGCGAAGACGCUCAGCCCUUCGCAUGUGAAGCAGUGCAUCCUAGCCGAGUCCAAGUUUGACUUCUUACGGGAUCUGGUUAAGAAUAUCCCCGAUGUGUCAGCGGCGGAAGAAAAAGAAAUGAUGAGCGCUGAAAGUUCACCAAAUUCUUCUAGAUUUUCAGAAAUGACGGGUCCACCUCGAAGAAUAGCAAGGGAAGACUCGAACAGCUCAAGCAGUUGUGACGUCAAAAUAGUACCUCUACAGCCUCCACCGAACCUCAAACGAGCGCUGUCCACAGAAACAGAGCUACCCAACAAACAUGUGAGGACGGAAACCGUAACGUCGACCUCACUAGACACAGCCAUAGACCUUUCAAAGAAGUCCACGGAAGAGAAACCGGUGGUAACCGCGAACUUUUACCAAGAGACGUUGUUAACGGACGAAAUGCAGCAUAGGAGUGUGAUCAAACUCAACCCCACGUACUCAAGCCCUCAGCCUUCCACGAGCUACACGCCCGAACUUCCUAAAAUUGAUGUGCCAAAGCCAGCCGUCAUAGAAAAAUCAGUAGCACCUAGGACCCCCGUCACACCAGUAACGCCUAUCCUAAAUAUAGACUUUACAAAAAGUCUAGCGAAACCAGAAAUUAAAUUGUUAGAUACCGCGGCAGUCGCUGCUUUACCUAAGAAAGAGACAAUACGACAAAUUCAUAGGCAGAACUCAAAAACUGUUAGGCCCGAAGUGAAAAAGAUUGAAAUUAAACCCGUGCAACCGCACGUUGACAUAGACAGUUUAAAUUCUGGUAAUCUACAGAUAGAUGAAGAUUAUGAUACCUGA